AUGCGUCGCACCAAAACAACCAACCUUACGACUUUCGUUCGACCUACGGCAACCAUGACCCUCUCAUCGCCACCUGGCUCCUCUCCCAUCACCACAAUAACGCUUCCUCCUCGCUCUACCUGGACAUCCGGUCUUCACUGGCAUGAGACACACACGGAGUUCCUGCGCGUUAUAUCGGGUCACGCAUGGGUGUCCAUUAGUGGCAUCUCGCAAAUCGUCUCAACGGCAGACGGCCAACUAGUGGUCCCCAAGUUUGCAAGACACGAGUGGCGACGAGCAGUAAAGGGAGAUGGAGACACAUUUGAGGAAUCAUGGCAUGAGGAAGAGAUUGUAGUGGAAGAAUGGACUGAUCCUUUUGAUGGGCAGAAGGAGUUGUUUUUUCGGAACUUGAAUUCAGUUAUUCUUGACACGACCAGGCACCCUAGUUGGUGCAUGGAUUUGUGGCUUUCUCUUCAGCUGUUUGUUGUUUUCGCAGAGCUAGAUAACUAUCCUGUGUUCUGGCCACUGAGUACUGGGCAUGAGACGUUUCAGUAUUUGGUUACGCAUUUUGUCUUGGGGAUAGCGCGGGGUCUGGGGAGGUUGUUUGGUGCGAGGGGGGCUUAUGAAGAGUAUACUCCUAGCACGCUUGUCAAGAAAGAACGCUGA